AUGUCACAUCAAGUCCGAGGAGCUGGCUUCUUUCUGAUUUUCAUCCUGGUGAUAUCCAUGGCUCAACCAGGAUUAUGUUUCUACUGGAAUUGGAAAUUCCAUGUUCACUUGCUGAACCGGUUGAGCAGCAAUGCUCACCCUCUAAUGGUUCAUGUCAGGUCGGGAGACGAUGACCUCGGGGAGCAUGCUGUUUGGAGAGACGGUGAUUUUCAGUUCCAUUUCAAGCUCAACUUCUGGGAAACCACUCUUUUCUAUUGUGACUUCACAUAUGGUAACAAGCACAAGAGGUUUGAUAUAUUUGUAGAUGGUGAUUAUAAAUCUGAAAGCUGUGUGUGCAAUAAGCCCCACAAAACUGUUUAUUGGAGGGUCGAAGAUGAUGGUUUUUACCGCAGCUGUGAUGAUCAAAAGUAUGUGAAGGUGCAUGACUGGUAUAACUCGUGA